AUGCACGGUCUCGCGUUUGUGAACCCAUUUGUAGCCACACAAUUCCGAGAUGUGAUCCUUGAAAAUCUGCCAUCGAGCAGCAGGAACGCACACGAACUCAUUUGGAAUGAGUGCAAGAACUCUACGUACAGUCGAGUGAGAGAGAGCGUAGCGAAUGUCGUCAAGGGUACUGGCAUUACUCUCUUCCCUCUAUUUAGCACUGACUUACGCAGAGCUUAUUGCACUCAUCUCACAAUGUCAACGACCCAAUCUUCGAACCACUUUAGGCAUUCAACUACUCUUCCAUAUAAGAUUCCCGAAAGGGAUCUCUCUGAGUGGAAUAUCUUCGUCGCGUUGGCUUCGAGGGGAACUCCUGAGGAAAAAAGCGAGUUGGGACUUCCAGAAAGCUUCGAGUUUACCAGCACCAAGGAUCAAACUCUAAAGGAUCACUUCAAGGACCGUAGCGAAGGUGCGAAAACAUAUCUUCAGCAAAGGGUGAAGGAUGAAAACCAAAAACGAUCAGCGAAGCCGAGUAAUCCUGAUGACCGUGCAAAACUGGCAAAAUCCUUGAAGGAUGAACUUUGUGCAUUGCUGCACCAAAUGAAGGAGAAGCUCGAUACGGAUGCAGCUGUAACGCUCAAUAGUGAUCAUCCAGAAGACUGGGACAACGAAAUGGCGUACCAUAAUUCAGAGCAUAAUGGACGUUCCGGUAAGAUAUGCAGAUGUUUACAAGUAGUGAUGCUUUAUUUUGAUGCUGUUAUUGCUGAUAUAGAGUCGAUGAGACAUGAGAAUGGUGCAAGAAGCGCCAAAUCUGGACGUUGUUCAAAUGCCACGAUGGAGAGUGUUGGCAUAAUGAUGCGAAAUUUGUACAGUAAGUGGAGUUGAUAAAACACCAGACCCUUAUUGAUGUGGUGAGCAUUUAAUAUCUUUUAGAGGAAAAGACGCAAAAGGAAACGCGCAAAUUUCCUUGGGGUGAGUUCAAGCGAACUGCCGAUGAUGCUGGCCUUACCGCCCAUUAUUACAACGAGAAGAAGCGGCUUCGAUUGGUUGGGUUCGAUUUCGGAAAGGAUGAAAAAGACCAAUACCAUCCAACGGCUCUCAGACCGGUAUUAUUACGGGAUGGUCAGUUAGCCCAACUGCAUAAAGGGCUAAAAGACGAAGUUGUCAAACUGCUUGGAGAUGGUAAGUUUGUAGAUCAUUUAACAAUUGAUUUUUGUGAUAGAGGUAAAAAGAAUAAGUUAUUGAUUCACGAGGUAGAUGAAACAGAAUAAAUGAGUUUUUUGUUUCUCUCAGCCUUUGAAUA